GUAAACUGACCAAAAAAGAACGACGACUGUUGAAACUAAAAUCGAAGAAACAUUCAGAGACUGUGAUGAAAUUGCUCCCCGAAUGGGAACUGUUGCGUCGUGAGGACACGCCAAAAGAAAAGCGUUUUGAUCUGAUUGCGAACAUACUCACUCUGGCUAAGAGCAAUUUGGUUGAUUUGUGCAUGGCGCACGACACGGCGCGUAUCAUCGAGUGUGCUUUUCAAUACGGAACCGAGGCACAGCGCUGGGAAAUUUUUGGUCUUCUGAAGUCCAAAUUGCGCUUGAUGUCCAAAUCGCUCUACGCAAAGCACAUCGUACAUAAACUCAUCAAAUAUGGUGCGAAAGAACAUCGACUGGCAGUGCUGAAGGUCUUCCGCGGUCAUGUAGCUCGUCUAGUGAAUCACCGGAUUGCCUGCGAGUUGGUCGAUCUGCUGUACAACGACUAUGCAAACGCAACUCAGCGUGCUGCCCUAAUACAAGAAUUGUAUGGUAAUGUGCACGCGUUGAAACUAGCUGAGAAUCAAGUACACACCCUGUCCGAGGCCCUAGCCGUAAAUCCCGAACUGAGCAACGUCAUGUUAGAAAAUCUCACAGAGUUGCUCACCACGUUGGCAAGGAAGGGUUUGACCAAGUACAGCAUAGUUCAGCGCCUCCUAUUGGAAUAUUUGCAAGUCCAGUUCAACGCGCCACCAUCAGCAUCGGCCACCGGAGGUAGAAAUGACGCCACCAAAACCGUUACCGCGGAGACUAUGGAGACGAGAGACGGCGAGGCGGCAGACACGGCAGAGUCACAGUAUAGUUUAAUUGGUCUAUUGGAGACGUUGGUCGAUGGUCAAAUUGUACCCAUGCUUCACACUCGCGACGGAGUGCGCGCCGCAUUGUACGUGCUGUGGGCAUGCCCCGUGCGUUUGCGCAAAAUCCUUGUCCGCGGAUUGAAAACCUGUAUCAGUUCGAUUGCUCGAGAUGAACACGGACAUUUAUUCCUAAUUGGUUUGUUGGACUUCGUGGACGACAUUGUUCUGUUAGAGAAGUUUGUAAUCAAGGAAAUGCUCUCCGAACUUGAUCUGUUCUGUAUGCAUCCGGAAGCGCGAAAAGUCCUUCUGUACGCCCUGUCUCCGCGCGAUUCACGGCACUUCUCUCCACAGCUUCAACAGAGCCUGUUGCAUCCGGGUGAUCGGAAUUUGUACACUCGCAAACCACUGGGUGUGCGAGCAAUGGAGCUGCGCAGCCCGUCCACUCGUUUGUUACCUGAGCUGUUGAAGGUAGCUUCCGAAAAAUUGACCACUCUAUUUGCUGGUGAUGCAACUCCAGAAGGGCGCAUUGCUCUAGAAGAUCGAGGCCGACUAGUGUUGCUUUGUGAAAUCUUGCUUCACAGGUGA